AUGCUGCAAACGUUCCGCGAGCAGAUCGCAGUCGAAAAACUGACUGAGGCUGCAUUCGUGUCCAAGUGUCCUCCACAAAAGCUUGCCAACACGGCUCCAAUUGGCUACGGUGGCUGUACGAUUGCGAUCGCGGUGCAUGCAGCUUGCUUGACCGUCCCCCGCUCGUUCAACGUGUUCGUCGUUUCGGGAUCUUUUCUGGGCCCGGCACAGACUGAUAGACGACUCCACUGCGACGCAGAGCGGGUUCGCGACACCAGGAGCUUCGCAACGAGACGAGUACGCGUGUUUCAGUUGCAUGGCAAUGGCGCCCAGCGAGCCUGUGCUACGAUCCUCGUGGACUUUCACGCCAGAGAACCACCAUUGCUUACAUAUGGCCUUCCUAUUCCCCCAUGCUACGGCAAGGACGCAAACGAUCGCAACUCGUCACUGCCCACGUCUACCAUCCUAGAGCAAGCCGAAAAGUCCGGCCUGAUUACUGCUGCCGCGGUCGCCGGUUUCAAGACCAUGCACAACAUGUUGGACAACUACUUUGAGACGAAUCACUGUUUGGCUGGCGUCGGUGGGCAAAACGCACUGGGCCUCGCAAAGGAGGCGGUCACAAGCUUAGAUCACCUUCCGAUCCAAGACAAAGUAAGCGCUGAAUGGACACGCUCACGCGAGCAGCUGGUGACGCACGAGGAGAAGGCGGCAGCGCUGGGGUUCACGAUGGAUGCCGGGUUGAGCUUUCUGCCCCUCACCUUCGAACACAUGUAUCUCGACGACGCCUCAGCGUGUUCGACGUUGGAAUUCAGCUUGCGAAUCAUUGUGUCCGACGUGGACAUAUCGCAGUGGUGUCUUCGAGAGCGGAAAACGAUCGCUGCCGCCGCCGGUCGCACGUAUUCCGAGAGCAGACUCUGGCAGGACGGGGGCCUUGUUGCGAUCAUGACGCAGACGUCGAUACUCCGCCCGCUCGCAUUCGCAUCCGAGAAACCAAAGUCGACGUUGUAG